AUGCUGGAAUUAUUAUUUCAAAAAAUCGAUAUAAAACGUUCAAUAAAUAUGUCCGCUCGUAAAAAAGUACUUUUAAAAGUAAUUAUUCUCGGUGAUAGUGGUGUUGGUAAAACAUCACUUAUGAAUCAAUUUGUAAAUCGAAAAUUUACAAAUCAAUAUAAAGCAACAAUUGGUGCCGAUUUUUUAACAAAAGAAGUACAAAUUGAUGAUCGAUUAGUUACAAUGCAAAUAUGGGAUACUGCUGGUCAAGAACGUUUUCAAUCUCUCGGUGUUGCAUUUUAUCGUGGCGCCGAUUGUUGUGUUUUGGUCUACGAUGUAACAGUAGCAAAUAGUUUUAAAUCAUUAGAAAGUUGGCGAGAUGAAUUUCUUAUUCAAGCUGGUCCGAGAGAUCCAGAAAAUUUUCCAUUUGUUGUUAUUGGAAAUAAAAUUGAUCUUGAAAAUCGAUUGAUACAAAUUCGUAAAGCACAAACUUGGUGUACUGAUAAAAAUAAUAUUCCUUAUUUUGAAACAAGUGCUAAAGAAGGUGUAAAUGUUGAAAAAGCAUUUGAAACAGUUGCACGUAAUGCAUUAUCAAGAGAGAAAGAAAUUGAUACACCUGAUUUUCCAAUACCAUUACGUAUGCCAAAUGAAGAGCAACAAAAUGAAUCCGGAUGUUCAUAUACUAAAUUGAAUGGACGAUGUAGUGGUAUUGAAUUGACACAGCGUCCUCCUUUACCAUUGAAUGAUAUUCCAAAUUUAUUGUCAUUGUUAUACAAUCAAGACGAAUUUUUAUACUAG